GUCUAUGGAGAGCUUAGGCUUGUAACCAGUCCAGCUUGGCCUUCCUUUCUCUAUAGAUAGACGGUGAUUUGUGUGCGUGCAGGUCUUUAAUCGUUGGUCGAGUGCAACAGACUGAACGGCACCUCGAGACUCAAAUGUGUCGAUACAUUCACUGCAUAAACCUGCUCCACAACUUUUAAUAUACCAAGCCAUACAAAAUAGGUAUUAAUCGAAUGCAAUAAAAAUGAUAACCUCUAUCUAAGCAUUUAACUCUAGCUAGUAAAUAUCUAAAAGCUACGCCGUUGGUUUACGAAUCGACUAAAAUAGAGAUAGAAAUAGAAUUGACAACAAAGUUUUGAGACUGAAAACAUAAAUCUGAAAAAUAAAAAUAGUUUCAACAAUGUUCUCUAGUCUUAAUUUCAAAUGUUAUAUUUUGGCUUAGUGUUUAUGUUACCUAUUAACAUUUUUAAAAAUUAGUUCUGAUGAUUUACAACUUAUUAAAAUAACUUGUCCUCAGAUGCAUCUAAGUUCAGUGCAAGUGGUGUGCGCGGCUCUGGUGACGCUGGCCCUGGGCGCGGUGGCCGCACCCCCGGCGGCGGCGCCCCAUCACGUCGCGCGCCGUUCCUUCUUCACGUUACAGUGCAAAGGAGUCUACGACGCGGCCAUAUUCGCCCGCCUCGACAGAAUUUGUGACGAUUGCUAUAACCUAUUCAGGGAACCGCAGCUCUACACUCUUUGCAGGCAAGACUGCUUCACUACAGAUUACUUCAAGGGGUGCGUCGAGGUGCUACAAGAGACCGACCAACUUGAACUCUUCAAGACCUAUAUAAAACAGAUACACGGGGCCGAUCCGGGGAUUUAGGGAAAAAUGCUUCCAAACGCCCUUCUUCAAGGGUUGUAUGGAGUCUUUGUACCUCUACGACGAGGAGGAACAGAUAGAUCAAAUGAUCGACUUCGUCGGGAAACGCUAAUGCUAUCAGCCAGCCCAACAUUUCGCGCCAACUCUUGACAAGACGCCAUUUUGGCACAACCCAAACGAGUGAAAACAAACCACAGUAAAGCAAACAACGUACAAAAUAACGGUCAACGCAAUUCCACCGCUUUGCCAACAAAAAAAUAGCAUAAAAUGUCAAGUUCCUCCGAUUGACGUUUGCUUGCUAUCCUCAACGUAUUCUAGUCUAAAAAGCGACAUAUAAAUUAUGUUUGCAACUAAUUGUAAUGUUAUCAUAUUUUUUAGAUAAUGUGUAUACCUAAGGACAUUUAUAGUGUAUAUUAAUAUUUUGCGUUAUUAAGUGUUAUAAGCUUGGUAGCUAUGGGAUUGUAAAGUACAUUGAAGAUUUGUUUUAUUAUAUUAGAUCACCUCCUAGGUAAAAAAAAUCUUGUUCUCGAGGCAGACAAACCGUUUCGCCGAUGCUGGUCAUCUUCAAGUCUGUCUCAUCUUAACAUUUAAAUACCUGACUGAGAUUGUCCGUUUAAAGUGCAUUCCAAUUAAUUUAAUUUAAAACAAAUACUUAUUUACCUGUACGCUUUUAUAUUGAAAUUAUCUGAUACUGAAAUAACUUUUGUAUUAUUGAGUAUUAUGUAUAAAUAUCUAACUUAAGCUUAAAAUAAUUUUAUAUAAUCACACAAGUGGCUUAACAUCAAUUCAUUCAUUUUCGACAUUUUAUGUUGUGCCUACGUUAAAAUAUUAUAAAUAGAUUUUAAUUGGUUAAUUUUAUUCUUUACAUGCCUAGUUAUAUAAAACACGACCUUCUUCUAAAUUAAAUUAUUAAAUUAAGUAAUGUUAUUUACGGUUAGAUCUUACAUAUGUCAUAUAUUUUUGACCUUUUCUCUUUGUAUUAAACUAGAGUUCAAAAAUAUAUAUACUUUAAAAUGUGACUAUAUUAAAUAAAAUUUGUCAAAAUAAUUAAAACCUAGCAACACACACUGCUGGUGUAGCCAGUAAAAUUAAUAUUUAUUACCAAUAGUAAAUAUUCAUUGUUGAAUAUUCAAUAAAACGCAAGAAUGGUCGUGUCAUGCUAUUUUUCGCUUUAAUCUGGUUUCGGUAGUAUGGGAGAUAGUUUCAAUUAAUUAUAUCUCUUUAUAUUAGUUUUUAAGUAUUUAUAACGUUUUUUUUAUACUUCCGACCUAUUUAUUAUUUGUUACUAUGAACGUUUAAUUUAUUUUUAGCAGUUUCAAUUUUGAUAAUCAGUAUGAUUUAAAGAGUACCAGUGGAAUGAUGAAAUCACUCUUGUCUAUGGUUUAUGUAUAAGUUGCGGUUUAUACUUACCUGUCUUCGUUUAGUGCAACUGAUAUUUUCUUCUUUAUAUUAGAAUCUCACUUUUAUUUAGUAAAUUUUAGCGUUUCUUAUUGUCAUUCUUUCCUCCCGAAAUAUUUACAAUUCUUUUAGUCUGUAACACUGUAUGAUAUGAAAAUGGUGCCAAUUAUGUCCCGACAUAUUAGAUUUAAAUAAUAAUAUAAUGAAUGUUUAACUGCAUUAUUAUAGAACAAUGAAGAUAAUAUUGUUAAAAAAUAUUGAAUUAGAAAAAUAUUAAUCGAUUUGUAUAUUUUUUUUAAACAGCUAAGAAACGCUACGGGUUCCAUAAAAUAUAUUUCAUUCGAAAAUCAAAUCGUAUUUUAAUUUUUUUUUCUUACGG